CCGACCAAAAAGAUAACUCGGGCCAGACCAAACCAGUUUCACACUUCCAGACUUCCUUCUGUCUGCGGAUAUUCGGUUCUGAAAGAAUCUUAAACUUUGUAAGAAAUUUCACGAUUCCGAUUACCUUUAUUAUCCCAAACUUCUCUUCUAUUCAUCUUCACAUUCUACCCGACAAAGUCUCAAAUCUGACGAAAAAUGGCACUUCCCUUUUGCGAAAUCCCCGAGGAUCUCCAGCUCCGCAUCUUAUCCUUCCUCUCACCGGCAGAGAUCUCCAGCUUCGCCUGCACAUCGAAACGCUUCGCCUCGCUAUGCCGAGAAGACCGUAAAAUCUGGCACGUCAUGUGCGAUCGUAGAUGGGGGAAGCAAACACAGAUCCAGAAAUGGGGAAACGGCCGAAUCUCGUAUAAGCUCCUUUACAGGACUCUGAAGCGUUUGGAGAAUCUGAUUGGAUUCUGGCGUCUCUGCGGCCGAGCGAAUCCCGCCGAUUCAUCUCCGCCGCUGGUUUUCUUCGAGUGGGGUUCCUCUUUCGUCUUGGGAUCUAGGGUUUUGGCUAUCAACGAUGACACGUAUGGGGUAAGGAAAACGCCGUUUCUCGUGAUGGGUAUUUCAUCGGAGGGGAGGACGGAGAACUUUCUUGAUCUCGAUGGGAAUCAUAGAUCUGGUCUCCCUGUGGAUCUAAGCGAAUUAGAGAGAAGCAAUCUCGUUCCCGUGGAUGUGAAUUUUAUGGGGAAUGGUCAUAUUAUGGUUGAGGAGAAUCCAUGUUUCGGAGAAGAGCAGAAGAGUCCGGUUUGUAAAGGAUCUAGCUCCGACGAGAGCGAGGAUGUUGUUUCGGAAAUGUACACUCAGUUGGCGAAUAGGACGAGUCCUGGAGGUGACAGAAGGAGAAAGAGGAAGAAGGAGAAGGAGAGACAAGCGAGGAUCAAGUGGGAACCUGAACAUUUUAUCAAGGUUUCUGAUUUCUCGCCUACGCUUGCCAAACCAUUACAAGGAUUAUGGAAGGGUUUCUGUGAGGGAAGGAACCUGGAGUUAUAUUUGGUCAAAUACGAUGAAGUUGGAGGCAUUAUAUGCAGAAAAAUAGAGGACAUGUCUCUCUCACGGCAGACUUCUCCUGUGUUCUGGACACCCGAUCAUGCUUUCUUCGGAUCUCCGUUUUCGGCUGAAGAAGAGCUGAUAUUGGAUGGUCGAAUCCAUGUGACCCCUCUUUAUGGAGAAGUUCAUGAACAAGUUAUAUCUGGAAUGCUCUACAUGAACUCUAGUUACGAUCCGGGAGAAGCAGGCAAUGGCGGCGGUGGACUUUCUAGAGGGGAAGGACGGGUCUGGUUGUAUGAAAAUGGGACUUUUGGUUUUGGGUUUCUUCGAGAUCAAUUUAUCACUGAUCUGAAACGUGUUGCCCUAGAAGAUGGUUGUCUGGCUGAUGUGUUCGAUACUUAAAAGUGAUUUGCUUUUAUUGGUUCUGGCUUGUGAAUUAUAUUGGUGCUGGAUGGAUGAUCAACUUCUCUGUACAUACAAGACUUAGGUGACUGGUUCUUUCAAAUUUAGUCUCAGACCAAUGUCCCUAAACUAGGAUGGUGGAAUCGCCUUGUAUUUAUUUGUAUUCUGUAGAUUUUAUAAGUUUGCCAGAAUAAAAUGAUUGAUUUGGUGUGGUUUUACUUUCAAGACCAGAAAUUUGUAUUCAUGAUUUCUUGCAAUUGUGCAUACACUCACAGUAAAUAAAUUGUGAUGAUCCCUUGUGAUUGAUAAUCAUAAUCUGGUCGA